GUGUAGUAUAAAUCUUUACAGAAUCAAAUUGAUUGGCAGCUCAGUUGAAGUGAAGCCUCUCUGCUCGGUGGUGGCACCUAGACUUAUUACAGAGAGAAAAUGACGGCAGCUCCCGGAAAAUGCUUAUUUCUGGUCACCGGCCCUCCUGGUGUGGGUAAAACUACUCUGAUCAUGAGGGUUCUCGAAACCCUCAAAAUGUCAAACCCUAAUUUAAAGAUUCAGGGAUUCUACACCAGUGAGGUUAGGGAAGGAAGUGAAAGGGUUGGCUUUGAAGUUGUUACUUUGGACGGUCGAAAAGCUCCACUUGCUUCCACCACCAUUUCCACCUCAGAGUCACUCAGAUGGCCUUCUGUUGGGAAAUACAAAGUAGAUUUGGCGUCAUUUGAGUCACUUGCGUUACCCGAGUUGCAGGUCAAAGAAGACACUGAUCUUUUCAUAAUUGAUGAAAUUGGGAAAAUGGAGCUGUUUAGCUCAUCAUUCUUCCCUGCGGUCCUAAAAGUUCUGGAAUCAAAUGUCUCAGUUUUGGCUUCAGUCCCUAUUCCAAAAUUUGGACGCGAUAUACCUGGAGUUGCAAGGGUGAAGAAUCAUCCAGGUGCUACCAUUUUCACCUUAAGCCAAAGUAACAGAGAUGCUUUGAGAGAACAGAUCUACAACCAGUUUGUAGGUUCACUAUGUAGAUGUUAGAGACCAUACGCCUAGUUUUGCAGGUGGAAUUGUUCAUUCAAGCAUCAUAUCGAUUUUUUCAUACAACUGUAUUCUUCCUGGUAUUUUUACUAAUGAGGUUAUUUUCCGUUACACGUUGAUUUUGUCAUCUCACAUGCCAACAAACUUGUUUGAUGUUGUUGAAUAGCUUACAUCAUUUCUCAAAUGAUUUCAAUGCAAGUAGUUUACAAAUA